AUUGUCCCUACAUGCACCGCUUACUGCACUGGGUUUAUCACACAAGAGUGAUUACAGUUACAAGAACACCAUGAAUAACAAGCUGCGAAUGAGAAAGCAGGUGGGGAUCACGAACCGAUGGCGACUUCCAGAACCAUUGGGAAGUGAUUUGCUUGGCACUUCCCAGGCCCUUCGAGCUAUUUCCACGCCACUCAACGAAACCUUGAUCAAGAUUAUUACAGCUGAAAGUCCCCAGAUCGCGGUAAAUCUUGACCUCAAUCAACCCUACAAGUUCCGACAAAUUCAGGAUAGACCGACUACUGCUUCAUUGUAUUCACUAAGCUAUAAUAAAACGAAAGCCCUGCCGGAAGCAAGAAGAGAGUGCUCAACCAUAAGUGUCUUCAGUAAUUGUAGCAAAAAGAAUGCCAGGAGACCGGAUAUUACUCUACAUUGUUUCGGAGUCAAAUGGAAUCUCCACAGCAGCCACAUAGACAAGUCGCUAGUUCUCGUAGAUUUAUAUGUAAGGCCUAGCGGAAUGUCGAACGAGAGCCUCAAGCAAGAUUUAUUGAGGAAACCAAAAUCUGCCAGUGACAUUCAUUCGAGAAGCUCAAGUAUUCUCGACAAACGGUUUACAGGGCGUGGUACAAGACGGAAUUCGGCCUCAAAUUUGGGAGAUUAUAGUCACGCUGAGAUGUUUCACAUGGAUUUGGAAGCGGACGAUCCCAAGUUGACAAAGAAAGGGCUGGCCGUGGCGUUAGCAGCCCUCUACCAAGACGAAGUGGAUUUAACCAAUGUUAAGCAGAUAAUCUCUGUUUUAGCUGCAGCUCACCUAUUACAAAUGAAAGAACUGACAGAUAA